AUGGAGGCUUCCAAUUUGAACUCGAACCUGUCUGCGUUGCCAUCCAAGGCAUUUGGCAAGGCGAACCCCACGUUUCACGACUCAGGCUCUGCCCCCACCAAGAAGUCGCGUCGAGGCGGUGACGUCGCCAACCAGAAGCGUCGGUGUGUCAGUACCGCCUGCAUCGCAUGCCGCAAGAGGAAGUCGAAGUGCGAUGGCGCACUGCCCAGUUGUGCAGCUUGCGCCAGCGUUUAUGGCACCGAGUGCGUCUACGAUCCGAACUCGGACCAUCGAAGGAAGGGCGUUUACCGCGAGAAGGUCGAUAGCAUGAAGGCUCGGAACUCGACGUUGCAAAUACUCAUCGAAGCGAUACUGAAUGCUGCCGAGGACGACUUACCCGGCAUUGUCAAGAAGAUUCGCACCUGCGACAGUCUCGACGUUGUGGCCGAAUCAAUACUCAAGCAGGAAUAUGGCAACGAGGACGUUGACGAGGAUAAGGUACUCGAACAAGACUAUACCACAGACAUGCCUGUUGAAGGCGAGAGAGAUCUGGCCCGGAAGAUGGGCGAGUUGAGGUUGGAGAACGGUUCCGUUCGCUUCAUUGGCGGCACAUCUCACCUGCUAUACUUGGGCAAUCCCGUCAUACCCCCGGAACCAGAGUCCCAGGAAUUCGAUGUCAGCAUGGAUCCCAUUACCAGCUGGUCAGACGUCACCAAGGACACUGAAUUAGUCGUUCAUCUGAUGAACAUGUACUUCAGUUGGCAUUAUCCCUACUUCGUAACCCUAAGCAAGGACCUCUUCUACCGCGACUUUUUCAGGGGUAAGCCGCAUAGCAUACCCUAUAAGACAGCUUACUGCUCUUCUUUAUUGGUCAAUGCGAUGCUUGCUCUGGGUUGUCAUUUUACCAACGUUGCAGGAGCGUAUGCCACUUCUGGCGACAGCUGGACCAAGGGCGAUCUCUUCUUUGCCGAAUGCAAACGGCUCAUCGUUGAGAAUGACGAAUAUGAAAAGCCUCGCUUGACGACAGUCCAGGCGCUCGCUUUGAUGUCUGUACGAGAGGCGGGCUGCGGCCGGGAAGCCAAAGGCUGGGUAUACAGCGGGAUGAGCUUUCGCAUGGCCCAGGAUCUUGGCCUCAACCUCGACAUUGGUGGGAUCAAUACCGACGAAGACAAAUUGGACGAGCUGGAAGUCGAUGCGAGAAGGGUCACUUUCUGGGGCUGCUUUUUAUUUGACAAAUGCUGGUCCAACUAUCUUGGACGUCUCCCCCAACUUCCGAAGAACUCUUACAACGUCCCCAAGUAUGACGUCUUCCCAGACGAAGAUGCUGAGGACUGGUCCCCAUACACGGAUUUCGGAUCCGAUCAGUCGUGCAAACAACCAUCACGGAUCCGUACGAUUGGGCUCCAACUGUCCCAGCUGUGUGAAAUCAGUAGCGAUCUUCUGCUGUUCUUCUACCACCCAAACCACAUUGGCAGGUCAAGUGGCAAAUCGGUGGAACUGAAGAAGCUCAGUGAAUUACACGGACGUCUUGAAAGUUGGCGGAAAGAGUUGCCUAGAGAGCUUGAGCCCAAGGAGGGUCAGUUGCCCAACGCGAUUCUAAUGCACAUGUUCUUCCACCUACAAUACAUCCAUCUGUUCCGCCCCUUUCUCAGAUAUGCACCUUCCAACUCCCCUCUACCACCUCAUGUAUCUCCGCGCAGGAUCUGCACGGCCAACGCUGGUGCCAUUUCCAAAUUGAUGCGGCUAUACAAGAAGCUCUACAAUCUGCGCCAGAUAUGCAACAUCGCUGUGUACAUGGUCCAUUCAGCUGUAACCAUCCAUCUGCUUAAUCUUCCUGAAAUGACAGCUAAGAGAGACGUCAUACAUGGCAUCAAACACCUCGAAGAAAUCGCCGAAGACUGGCUUUGCGGGCGACGUACUUUAAGCAUCAUCAGUGUAUUGGCCCGCAAAUGGAACGUCGAGCUUCCGGAAGAAGCUGCUCAAGUGUUACAGCGCACUGACGAAAAAUGGGGCACGUUCAGCACAUCUGAUGUGCCAUCUCCUCGAUCACACUUGAUUACGUCACCCUCACCCCCAGAGAUGGGUACUGUUUCUCCAACAUCACACCAAGAGCAAUACAGUCCUUCAAGUAUGAUCGCACAACCGCCUGGUGCUUCAGGUCCUCACACGUUUACCGGAACGGCUGUGUCCCCCGAACUGAUGAAUAAUAUCACUCCACCGACCAGUUUCCAGAACCUGGCGAACAUGUCAACACUUAACGAUUCUGUGAUGGGGAAUUCCAUAGCAUUAGACCCGUCGUGGAGGCCGGCCCAAGUGCCACAGCCGGUACGGAAUUACGCUCGAUCGCACGUCCCCAUUUCCAACAGUGGUAGCUCUGGUCAGACCACGCAAAACGGCACUCGCAACGUGACCCCUAGUUCAGUGUACGCAAUCGACGCUGGAGACUGGUACCUGAAAGAUGGCGUAAAUUGGCAAUCGGGUUUCGAUGCGUGGAACAUGGGAACCGGUGCCAACGGAAAUAGCAGCAGCCUAGGGGACUCCUCGAUGUUCCUGUUUACCGGCAAUAUAGCGACUCCGGGCAACGCCGAGGCAAGGAGCUCUCCGGCGACCAAUUUUGACUACGACAGUCUGAAUACUCUGGCCAACUCGAUGAACGGAUGGGACUCGUUACCUGGUUUGGACUGA